GCACCUUAAGAAUAAGAAAGUGUAUUAAUUUUUCCUCUUUUGGCCCUUUUUGACACUCUUUGAAAGAUGUGAAUUCGAAUGAUUAGAAAUGAAUAGUGAAUAAUAAUUAUAGAUUAAGAAGGACAGCAAAUAUUUCAAUAAACAUUUGAAACGUCUUUACACAUAAUGGCUAGAAUUACAAUACAAAAAUAUUUACAAAAAUUUUUACGAGAACGAAAUUUUCUACGAGCAUUUGGAUCAAAUGUUUAUCGACAAAAAAUGUCAACGCAAGCUUCCAUUAUUAAGCAAGAAGAAACAAAUGAUAAAACAGAAUUCACCAUUAAUCCUAUGAAACAUCCAGACUUUUUUCAAGUACACAAUUUUUUUACUGUCAAAGAUUUAUUCGACGCAAUGGUACACUAUGGUCACAAGGAAGGUACUUUACAUAAAAAUAUGCGUCCUUUUAUAUUUGGAUCUAGAUUAGGGCACUUGAUAAUAGACUUGAACCAAACGGCUGAACUCUUAAGACAAGCAUUGAAUUUCGCUGCUCAUAUUGCAUUUCAAGGUGGAUUAAUUUUAUUUAUUUCAAAAAAUCCUGCAAGUACUUACGUUGUAGAAAAAACAGCUAAGAAGUGUCAAGAAUAUGCGCAUACCAGAAUCUGGAGAGAUGGAACAUUUACUAAUUCUGUUAGAAUGUUUAAAUUGGAAACUAGGUUACCCGAUCUCUGUAUAUUUAUUCACACUCUUGACAAUGUAGUCACACCGCAUCCUGCAAUCAUUCAAGCAGCAAAAAUGUGUAUACCUACAAUUGGUAUCGUUGAUACAAAUUGUAAUCCUAACCUUAUAACAUACCCAAUUCCUGGUAAUGAUGACACACCCUGUGCCAUUGAACUUUAUUGUAAACUUUUCUCCGAGGCAAUAUUACGUGGCAAAAAUGCUAGGAAAACUAUCUUAAAGAAGUCAGAAUCUAUCGAAUAGUAAUUGUUAAUAUUUGAUGUGUAAAAAGGUAAAAUACAAUUCUCUCUUCGAUAUAUUUCAUUUAUUACACGAUUUAUUUUUUACAAAAAAAUGUAAUUUUUUCAUUACUAUCAGCCACGUUAUACGAGUUAAAUAAAGAAUUGAUAAAAAA